AUGAGUACGAGCAAAACAGAGAUUUAUAAGCACUUUAGCUUCAAUGAUCAUAAAUUUGGUCAAAAAUACUUUAAAAAAACUAAAAUUAUUUAUAAAAAAACAAAUACCUCCUUCCUCUUUACAGACUCUCCAACUUCUUCGGGGACAACAACAACGUCAAUACUUCCUCAUUUAUACCCUCCUUUACCUCAACAGCAACAACCAAAUACAUAUGCAUCUACAAUCAUUAAUAAUCAAUCACAAAAAAAUCCAACUAAUUCUGUUUUUCCUCCUCAAUAUAACACCAACAAUAUUUCAUCUAUUCUCCCAUCUACUUCAAUAUUACCACCAGAAACACAGCAAAACCCCAAAGCAAAAACAUUUAACCCAACAACAAGCCAAACAAGUUUUGAACAUUUCCCAACAUUCCCAACAAACUUAUUUGAACAACAAAAACAUUUUAAACAACAAAAUGUUUUCCCCCAAAAUUAUUAUAACCAACAUGUUUUUAAUUCAAUUCAAACACAAAAACAACAACAAACAACAGAAAACAAUCCAAACAUUUAUUUAAAUCAAAACAUUACAACUUUACAACAACAACAACAAAAUGUUUCUUCAACAUUUCCUCCCUCUUCUUGUAAAUUUAAAAUUUGUUUUUAA